CUUCAGCCUUUUCCCUUUCUAGAAUCUCCUUCUCCCUCGGCUCCUGUAUAAGAGGGGCUUCUGUCUCCUCGUCUGCCGCUGCAAAACCUCUCUGUUAACUGAGCAAGUAAGCAACAGAUUCCAUGGCGGCUGUCCUGGCUACUGCCACCACGGGCCAUAAGUCGAUACCUCUGACUGUCCCCAGCGCCAAACAGACACGCUGGAGCCCCAUCAGACGGUGCGUCUACUGGCCGGAGGCCUCCCCUUUAUUCCACGGGGCCGUCGGGUCCAACCGUGCCGACUGGCAGAGCGCCUGCGCCAUCCUUUCGAGCAAGGCCGCCACCGUCUCCCAGCAGCCGCCACAGCACCACGAUGCUGACGGCGAUGCAGGCCACCACCUGGGCCCCGUCGUGAACGACCACGACUCCUACUCUGCCGCCGCCGCCGGCCUCGACUUUGUGCCCGUCCAGCUCCCGCAGCCGCUCACUAUUGCCGACCUGUCCCCGGCCCCGAAACACGGGUUCCAGCUCCGGGUGGCGUACCAGGGCGUCCCCGGGGCCUACAGCGAGGCGGCCGCCGCCAAGGCCUACCCCAGCUGCGAGGCCAUCCCCUGCGACCAGUUCGAGGUGGCCUUCCAGGCCGUCGAAUUCUGGGUCGCCGAUCGGGCCGUCCUCCCUGUGGAGAACUCCCUGGGCGGCAGCAUCCAUCGGAACUACGACCUUCUCCUUCGCCACCGCGUUCACAUCGUCGGCGAGGUCCAGCUCCCCGUCCAUCUCUGCCUCCUGGCACUCCCGGGCGUCCGCAAGGAGGAGCUGACCCGGGUCAUGAGCCACCCACAGGCCCUCUCCGAGUGCGAGCACACCUUGACGGCGUUGGGCCUCAACGUAGCACGCGAUGCCUUCGACGACACGGCCGGGGCCGCCGAGUACGUGGUGGCGAACGGGCUGCAGGACACGGCAGCCAUUGCGUCGGCGCGGGCGGCCGAGCUUUACGGGCUGGAGGUGCUGGCGGACGGGAUCCAGGACGACCAAGGAAACAUGACGCGGUUCGUGAUGCUGGCGCGGGAGCCCGUCGUGCCCCGGGCGGACCGGCCGUUCAAGACGAGCAUCGUGUUUGUGGCCCGCCAUCGGGAGGGCACGUCCGUGCUCUCCAAGGUGCUAUUGGCGUUCGCCAUCCGCGACAUCGGCCUGACCAAGAUCGAGAGCCGGCCGCACCGGCAGCGCCCCAUCCGGAUGGAAGACGAGGCCGGCAACGGCAGCGGCGGCGGCGGCGUCGCAGGCACGGCCAAGCACUUCGAGUAUGUCUUCUACGUGGACUUCCAGGCGUCCCUUGCGGAGCCGCGGGCGCAGAACGCCCUCGCCGAAGUAAAGGAGUUCAGUUCCUUCCUCCGCGUCCUCGGCAGCUACCCCAUGGACAUGACACGCACAUGAUACCCUGGAGCAUCACCUCCUCAUCCAACUCCUCUUCUUCUUCUUCUUCUUCUUCUUCUUCUUCUCAAAGAACUCCGGCUGCUAAACUGAAAUAAGAUUUGACCAAUCGAUGGACCUUCCGGCCAUCACCGUUCAUCAUAUCAGCUUGUCGUCCUUGAGUCGACUGAUCCAACACCUGAGGUUGGUGGGAUCGGGAUAUCCCUGUCGGAACGGCAGUAACACACGGUGCACCAAAGAUAAUACAAAUAUUCGUUUUGAUUAUUUGCCUUGGAUGUUGUUGUGUACAUCUGUUCGACACUUAAAUUGUUUAACAAGUGUUCGACACAAUGAUUAGAUAAACAAUAUUUUGAUUUUUGUCU